GCUGCUCCUCGGCGGGGGCGGGGAGAUGGUUUCCUAGGCGACGGCAGAGGCUGCAGUACACAGAGCCCGCCGCGUUCAGCCCGCUCCGGCCCUGCCCACGCUGGGUCCUCGGAGACCCAGAUACUCUACUAUGAUUACUUUUAAACACUCAGAAAAUGAUCCAAAGUGAUAACCAAAACCAGAACACAGAGGAAAUAAUUAAAGAGCUGUGCACUUCUAAUGGAUUGUCUUAUGAGAAAAUUGAUCAAGAGGGACCAGAAACAUCUACACUGGAGAUGUUUUUCUCAGGUUAUCCCAAGAUAGUAGGCAUGUCAUUUUUCCCAAACUUAACAACUCUCACUCUUGUUGGACAAAGCAUUCAGAAGAUUUCAGACCUGGAGUAUUGUCCAUUACUCAGAAACCUAUGGAUUGCUGAAUGUUGCUUAACGAAAAUUGAUGGUCUACAACACUGCACUAAUUUGGAAAAGCUUUACCUGUACUACAAUGAAAUUUCUACAAUUGAAAAUCUGGAGACCCUAAUGAAGCUGGAGGUAAUUUGGUUGAACAAUAACCAAAUUAAGGAGAUACAGGGAUUUCACACUCUACAGAAUUUAAAGGAGCUCAAUCUGUCUGGAAACUUAAUACAUAAAAUUGGAACUUGCUUUGACCCCAAUGAACAAUUGGAAAGAUUAAACCUCUCUGGCAACAGAAUAUGUUCCUUCAAGGAACUCUCUAAUUUAGCAAGCCUACCGCAUUUAAAAGAUUUGAGUCUGAAUGAUCCUCAGUAUGACCCCAACCCUGUUUGUCUUCUCUGUAAUUAUGCUACACAUGUGCUGUAUCAUAUGCCUCAGUUUCAAAGGUUGGAUACAUAUGAUGUGUCUCAAAAACAAAUCAAGGUCCUGGCAGAGGCUACAGUGAUGAAAAAGAUAAUGUACUAUAACAUGCGUGUAAAGAAUGUUCACAGGCAGCUCAAUGAGGAGCUUGAAAAGCUAAAAGAAAGAAAAUGCAAACUGCAGAAAUUGCCAGAAGAUCGAAUAAAAUUGUUCAGCUGCAACGUAAAACAUCUGGAACGUGAACUGACAGAGCUGCAGACAUCAGGCAAAAUACAGAAUAACAAAUCUAUUAAAAGUAAAAGGCUGGAAAUUGAAACAUCAAUUGACGAUAGUGAGAACACAGAUGAAACCAGUGAGGAGUCGAGUCUUGAAAAUAAGUUCUUUCUGAAAUUAGAAGCCCUGAGGGAAAGGAUAACAUUCUGGAACAGAAAACUAGAUGAAAUUGAGAAAAUUUACCAGAUGGAAGUUAAAAAAAAGAAGAAAAGCAAUAGCUUAGUAGUGCAGUUUUUGCUGACUGAAUUGGAAACAGUGGGCAACACUCGCUUUGAAGAAGGCUCACCAAGUGAUUCUUGGUUUAAUUCCUGCUAUGAUUUAAUUCUAUCACGAUUUUGUGCCUGGGACUUCAAAGCAUAUGGUAUCACAGGAGUGAAAAUAAAUCGCAUAAUCCGAGUGCACAACCGUAUUCUGAGGAUGAUAUUUGAAGAGAAGUUUCAACUGUUUUUGGAUAAAGAAGUUUUAAGUGAAACAGAAAACUACAGGAAGAUGCUGGAAUGUCUCUUUUAUGUGUUUGACCCAGACUUGCCAGUUAAGAAAAAGCAACUGCUACAAGUGCUUGAGGAUGGGUUCCAGGCAAUGGAAGAGCACAAGCUUUCAAGAAGACAAGCUGUUCUCCUCUCUAACAGUUUAAGUAUAUGUGAACGUCCCAGAAUAGAGUUUUUGCAGCAACAAACCAAGGAUGAAUGUAAAAAUAGCAAUGAUCUUGAGGAACCAUUCAGACAUGGGAAACUCAUAAUUGCAAAAGUUUUUCUUGGACAUAGUGUUCCAGCUCGUGAAAAAGAUCCCAUCAGUCAAAUCAACUAUCCAGGGGCUAAUUCGGUGUUCAGGCCUCAGAAACAUUUACGAAGUGAUGCAUCUGAUGCUGAUGGUGAAAUGUAUUCUUCCAUGGAACAUAGAAACUGUGACUGCCGCCAUCGACAGUGUGAGUGGUUUGUGUUUGAUCACGAACUGGUCUUGCCCGAAUACGUCGUUGAAUUUGAGUACACUACACUGGUCAAAGUUCAGACCCUGUUUUCUACUCUCAGCAAUGUAAUUGUAGAUGAAAGAAAGAAAAAUACAGAAGGAUUUAUAUUGUCUAGUGAUUUGCAACAUGAUGAUGAAGUUAUGAACAUGGAGCCUACAGUAAAAGCCAGACCCAAAAUUGUUUGCUUGGAUGAAAAGACAGUGCUUUCAAUUGCUAAGGCCAAUAUUUACAGUCAAAUAGUGGUUCUGAAUUUGCAUGGGAACAGCCUGAGCAAACUGCGGGACAUCUCUAAACUGACAGGGCUUCGAAAACUUAUUGUCAGCUUCAAUGAAUUUACGUGUUUAGAUGAUGUUUACCACUUGCCCAAUCUGGAGUAUUUUGAUGCAAGCCACAACCAUGUGAUCACCCUGGAGGGUAUUAGAGGCUUAAGCAAACUGAAGUAUUUAGACUUGAGCUGGAAUCAACUGAAAAAAACUGGAGAGGAAAUAAAUGUCUUACGUAAACACACUUCAAACAUACUCAGUCUUGAUAUCAGACAUAACCCAUGGCAUAAGCCAGUCUCAUUGCGUUUGAGUGUCAUUGGCCGAUUAAAGGCUCUUACUCAUUUAGAUGGAGUCCAGAUUACUGAAGAAGAGGCUGCAGCUGCUUUGUGUUUUAUUGCUGGAUCAAAGAUCUCUCAGGCAUCUCUUUUAGGACAUUCUAGGACUGAUGAAGCUCGACCACGCAUUCUGAGUGUACAUCCUUAUGCCAAAAUUCUGACUCAAAUUAGCAAGAACAAGGUGGAUUCACAAACACAUUUCAAUAGCAGCUGGUAUCCUAAGAUCACAGUCUUAGAUCUGGAUGGACAACAUCUCUCCAAAAUUGCCAACUUGGAAAAAUUGGAGAAUUUAAGAUGGGCCUCAUUUAGCAACAAUAAUCUCACUAAAAUAGAAGGACUGGAAUCUUGCCUUAAUCUUGAAGAGCUCACUUUAGAUGGAAACUGCAUCUCAAAUCUAGAAGGAAUUUCAAAACUCACCAAACUAACACGACUUAGUGUAAAUAAUAAUCAUCUCACCACCCUGGAAAGACGCGUUUUUGAAAACUUGUCUCAUCUUCACUACCUCUCUCUUGAGAGCAACAGAAUUACUUCAUUGGUUGGUUUGCAGAAAGCCUACGCACUAAUAGAACUAUAUAUCAGCAAUAACUAUGUUUCUACCUACCAAGAGAUAUAUCAUUUAAAGGGUUUAAAUAACCUGGUCAUGCUGGACAUGUCUGGAAAUCUAAUUGUGUGGAAACAAGAUAACUACCGAUUGUUUGUAAUAUUCCAUCUUCCAUCUCUCAAAGCCUUAGAUGGCACUGCAGUAGAGACAGCAGACAUCGAGAGUGCUAAAGAUUUAUUUGGUGGCAGACUUACCUGUGAUAUGAUUGCAGAAAGACUAGGACAUUCAGACUUCACUAAAAUGCAAGAAUUAAAUUGGACAACCUCUACGAUCAGAACGGUGGAUCUUGUACCAGCAGACCAGUUUAGAAAUGUUUGUAAUGUGAAUUUACAGAACAACAAUCUCACCUCUUUCAGUGGUUUAAUCUUCUUGCCUAACGUCAAGAUAUUGUGUCUGAAUUACAAUCACAUUGAAUCAGUACUGCCCAGACAAAAGCCUCAAAAUCACUUAACAAACAGGCAGCAGCUGUACCAGAAAGUGACCUCUAGUGGCUAUGGACAGCAAGGACCUUCAAAAGGAAACAGGGAUGCAGGAUUUGGUGAAAAUCUGCCCCCAAUAAUGCAAAGUUUAGAAGUUCUUCAUUUGGGCUACAAUGGGAUUAGUAACUUGGCCCAGCUACAGCUUAGUCGGCUAAAAAAUUUGAAACUGCUGUUUCUACAGGGUAAUGAAAUCAGUCAGAUCGAAGGACUUGAAGGUCUACAGCUUCUGCAGGACUUGGUGUUGGAUCAUAACCGUGUCAAAACAAUUGCAGAGGGCUCCUUUGCUAGACAGAACUCCCUUUUGGCACUUCACCUAGAGGAAAACCGACUACGCGAACUGAACAACUUACAGCCUUUAGUAAAAUUACAGAAACUUUUCCUGGGACUUAAUAAAAUUCAGGAAUUGUCUGAACUGGAAAAACUUGAAGGUGUUCCUAGUCUUAAAGAGCUUUCAAUAUAUGGAAAUCCAGUUACUCGCAAGAUGUCCCACCGUCCACUGCUUGUGUUUCGAUUGCCCAACCUGCAAGUGUUAGACGGAAUGACAGUGAGCACGGAGGAGAGAGCAAGAGCUGAGCUUCAUUUAAUAGAACAACAAAUCUUCUGUCAGAACAUUGCGGUCAGAUGUGGCAUCCAGAUCUGGGCAGCCCGUACUUCAUGGUGUGGAUGCCGAAUGGUUAGAUCAAGCAGAAGAGAGCUGUUCAGAAGCAGUCCAAGUUGUGCCUGUUGAACAGUACAAACCAAUGCACUGGAUCAAACCUACUUGGCCAAAUGGAAACACUUCUCAAUCUGGACUGCUGGUCAGGGAAUUUAGCCAAUGGAAGCCCAGAUUCAGGAUGUUUUAGAGUACCUGUUACACUUUAAAUUGUCAGACCUUUUUCUCAGCUCUCUGAGGGGCCACAUAGCAGUGGUUUCGGUGUUUCAACCCCUGAUCCAAAUAAAGGUUUGGGGUUUUUUUCCCAACUCUGUGGUAGUUAGGUUUCUGAAAGAUGUUACUCGCCUCUUCCCUCUAAUAAAGAACACUGCUCCUUUUUGGGACCUUAACACUGUGCUCACUGCCCUCAUGGGUUCCCCGUUUGAGCCUAAACUACUCUCUCUCUCUCUCUCUCUCUUUGACAAAAGAUUACCUUUCUUGUUGCACUAACAUCUGUCCAAAGGGUAGGUGUACUUCAGGCACUGGUGGUAGGACCUAGAAUCAUAGAAGAAACAUAGAAGAUUAGGGUUAGAAGGGACCUCAGAAGGUCAUCUAGUCCAACCCCCUGCUCAAAGCAGGACCAAUCCCCAUAUACCUCCAUAUACCCAGUUUUUCAAAGGCAAAGUAACCUUAAGGCCACAUCCAAAACUAACUAAAAUGGUAACAAGCAAUUCAUCUCAACCAAAUAUUAUACUUGCCUCUAUAUUUUCUGAAGCCACAGUCAAAUAUAGGUAUCUGUGCUGUGUGUCAUUCCUAUGGAAGAAAGUCUGUUUGGAAAUUGGUUGAUUUAUAAGCUUGAAAAUUUUGAUUUGGUACUGAGUCUGCAUGCCACAGGUGCAGCAGAUUGCUUAGCUUUAAGUCUCCUGGUUGUCCGGUGUCAAUCAUUUUGUUGUAGUAAACCAUAAUGAAUGUUUAUUAAAAAAUAUAUGAAGUUAUCACAAGAAAUGCUCCUGACAUAGACUGAUUUUUGCAUUUUAUCCUUUAAAACAUUCAAGAACUUCCAGGAAUCUAAGUGGCUCCAGGACCUUCCUCCCCUCCCACUGAAAGUUCCCCACCACUACCAUUGAAAUCUGAGACCACUGACUAUCUUGCUGCCCAUUUAAUCUUAAUAUUUCCUUAUGCUCCCCCACCAGUCGGUCUGUAUCCACCUGUUGUCUUACACUUGGAUUGCAAGCUCUGUGGAACAGGGAGCAUAUUUUCAUUUUGUGUUUGUACAGUGCCUAGCACAGGGGGAGCCUGAUCCAUAGCUGGGCCUCCUAGGUGCUACCCCAAUACAAAUAAUAUCAGUAGGGUCCAAAUAGGAGACUGAGCCAACGUGCAUCCCAUUGUCCUUAUGGUCCUCCUAGUUAGCUCAGAGCCAUGUAGUGAGAAUUCUUUGGUUCCAUUGCAGACUGGUGAUUUCACAUCACUGGGUGCACUUUCUUCAGAUUUUUGUUUAAAUGAUCCAUUAUUUUCCUGCUGUCCAGAAGGUAGGACACAUCCAUCCCUACCACAACGUAUGUGUAAAAUAGUUAGGAUAGCUGGGUUCAUUUCCCAGCUCUGCCACUUACUUGCUAUGUGGCUUUAUAUUGGACAAGAGACUUUAACCUCUUCAUGCCUCAGUUUCCCUGUUUAUAAAGCACAGUAGCACCACGUUCUCACUUGGGUAAAGCAUUUUGAAGUCUAUGGAUAAAACACUGUAAGUAGUCAGGAUUAUUAUAGGCAUCACUAUUCAGCUUUUAUUGCCCAUUAGUCCAACUUUCCCCCAAACAUCUCCGUUCCGUGCUGUCCCUUAUGUAAGAGAGGCACUCCCCAUAAUAUCUACAAAGCCAUUAUACUCCAAUAUUCUCCUUUAAACACAACUCUGCCAGGAUACCUACGAAACAUGUGGCCACUGCUUACACUAAUCCUAAUCAUCUCACUGUUGCCUUGCGCUCCCCAUCUGCUUGUAGUAAUUACCCGUUCUCUCAUCAUACAUUUAGACUGUAAGCUCUUGGGGGCAGAAAUCAUCUUUUUGUCAUAUGUGUAUGACAUGCUUUAUUGCGAUAAGGCUCUCUUGGUGCUACUGCAACACAAAUAAUAAAGGUGUCAAUUUAAUCAAGGUGUAAUUGCUUUCCCUGAUAUU